CUGCUGAUAACUUCAGCCAGCCACAUCAACGCAAGUCUGACUCUGACAAGUCGUCGACUGCUCGGUCGUUUGGAGUGCAUUUGUACUAGCUAAAUCCACAGAUGAAUAGCCUGUCGUAACAUCUAAGACAUUGUUUUACAACUAUUAAUUAGAUUUUUUUUUAAACAUCUAGGUCGAUGUCAUCAUGGAAUUAAAUAGUCGCCUGUUGUUUUGAAGUAGCUAGCUGGGUAAUGUUAGCUAGCAGUUAGCUUCGACGACUUAAUAGCAGCUAGCUCGCUAGCUACGUCAAAGAUACUGGAAACUAGCUCCUAUCUGGCUACGUUGUUUUUCCAAAAGAAAAAAGGUUGCUACUGCUAACUAGCGAAUAAUAAAAAGCAAACUACGUUACCUGGCGUUAGUUAGCUAGCUAGUCUAGCUAGCUAAAACUAUUAUUUAAUUGGUUGGCUUUCUAUUAUUCCUUUGGAUGCGGAAAAUGGCCCAGUCACCGGGUGCGGUGCAAGUGCCUGGGAUGCAGAACAGCCGGACGGACCCUGAGGAGCUGUUCACCAAGCUGGAGCGUAUUGGGAAAGGCUCCUUCGGCGAGGUGUUCAAGGGCAUAGACAACCGCACCCAGAAAGUGGUGGCCAUCAAGACCAUAGACCUGGAGGAGGCUGAGGAUGAGAUGGAGGACAUCCAGCAGGAGAUCACCGUGCUCAGCCAGUGUGACAGCCCCUACGUCACCAAGUACUACGGCUCCUACCUCAAGGGCAGUAAACUAUGGAUCAUUAUGGAGUACCUUGGUGGUGGCUCAGCUCUGGACCUGCUGCGAGCAGGGCCCUUUGAUGAGUUCCAGAUUGCCACCAUGCUGAAAGAGAUCUUGAAGGGCCUGGACUACCUCCACUCUGAGAGGAAGAUCCACAGGGAUAUCAAAGCGGCCAAUGUGCUCCUGUCAGAGUGUGGCGAGGUGAAACUGGCAGACUUUGGCGUGGCGGGCCAGCUGACAGACACCCAGAUCAAGCGGGAGACGUUUGUGGGAACGCCCUUCUGGAUGGCCCCCGAGGUCAUCCAACAGUCUGCCUACGACCACAAGGCUGAUAUCUGGUCUCUGGGCAUCACUGCCAUCGAGCUAGCCAAGGGUGAGCCUCCCAACUCAGACAUGCACCCCAUGCGUGUCCUCUUCCUCAUACCAAAGAACACCCCACCCACACUCAGCGGAGAAUUCUCCAAGACCUUCAAAGACUUUAUAGACUCCUGCCUCAACAAAGACCCUUCGUUUAGGCCAACAGCUAAGGAGCUUCUGAAGCACAAGUUCAUAGUGAAGAAUGCCAAGAGGACGUCCUACCUCACUGAGCUGAUAGACAGGUUGAAACGCUGGAAGGCAGAGGGACACAGUGACGGAGACUCCAGCUCUGACGACUCUGACUCGGAGUCCAGUAACAAGGAAAACAACUCCUCCCAGCCAGGCUGGUCCUUUACUACUGUUCGCAAGAAGAAAGACCCUAAGAAGGUGUCCAAUGGAACGGACCAAGACCUCCUGAAGACAUCUACCAGCUUGACCACGCUGAUCGCCCCAGUAUUCACUGAGCUGAAGCUGCAGCGCAGGGAUGGAGAGAUGAAGGGAGUGAUGGAGGAGCUGGAGAAAAGCCUCCACCUGGCUGAGGACAUCUGCCCCGGAGUCACAGACAAGAUGGUCAACUGCAUCAUCGACAAGUUCCAGAGAUUGUCUGUCAGUUAGUGGCAUGUGGAGGGCAGGUUUAGACGCUUGAUGAGGACCACGCCUCCAGAGUGCAUCAUCAGCGUCUAUGCCUUUUUCCAUCAUCCCCCAUUCCUUUUCCCAUCAUCCCCCAUUCCUUUUCCAAUCAUCCCCCAUGCCUCUCCUCUGAUCAGCUCCCCCAGGACCAAUGAAUGCAGGGAAAGAGGGAGGACUCCUGCUGUGCACACUCACUGAUCUUAUAACCAAAAGGAUAUUUUUUAAAUGUAUAUUUGUUAAAAUGUUUUGUUAUGCUAUUUUAUUUAAUCCCUUUUAAAAGUAGGCUCAAGCUAGUGUCCAAAGCAGAGCGUGUUACUGUUAUAGUAGUCAAUAGUAUUUUAGUUUUGUAAUAUUUUAAGUCUGAGACAAAAAAAACCUCUAAGGUUGCAACAUCAAUCUUCUGCUGAGUAUAAGACGUAUAGCUAUUUAAGUCGGAUAAUAAAGAGAUUUCAAUUUUGAAUUAAUUUUUUACUGCUACUAAAAAUGUUUAAGUAGCUAUAUUUUAGAUGUUCAGUGUACUGCACUUGUUUCUGAUGUCUACCUUACCCUCUUCAUCAUGUCACUUGUAGCAUUUAGAAACCUGCUGUUUGGAGAACUGCAUAUCUAGUCAAACCACAGGAGUUCAGUACCUCUGCUGAGAGCAAGCCAUGGUUGAUGAAAGGCUCACACCAGUGAAUGUCCAUAGAAUUACAAUUUCUGUUCGUGACAAAUUGGGAAGGGCGUCACUUGUUUGGGCAUUGGGGAAAAAAUUGUAUAGGAAACGGACAGAGAACUUUGCUGCGCAAAAUAUGUAUCAUGCCCUCUAAUUCCAAAAGAUAGAAAUCAUAUCUAUCUUAUGGGAUCUUAGCUCUAUAAGGGGCAAUCCUAUUGGAGCCUUCGGAGAUCUGCUUCUGAAGGAAAUAUGCACUGCACACACUUUGAAGGGGGUGGAGCUUUUUCUAAAUAUGCUUGCUAGUUAUUUCCCUGUUUCAGACUAGAUCUCAAGGGAGACGGGGUACUUUUCUGUCUUAAAGACAAUAUGCUCUCCCUCUACCAAAAAUACUUGACGAGUGCUCAAGUGAAAUGGCAAUGUCGGUAUUGUGGACGUGUAAUGAUUGAAACAUUGGUAUGAGUCCUUGAGUACUCUACGGGGAGUCGCGUAUCUUUGAAAGACUUUAUUGGGAAUUUUAUCAGCCAAGCUCAAACGCAUACAAAAGGGCGCCAUCUUUGGUAUGGUGGUGGAACUGCCCCUUUUGGAGGAAGUAUGCCAACUUAACAUCCAACGGUGCCUAAAACUUAAGAAUUGUAGUGAUAUUCUCUAUUUAAUUGUGGUCAUGUAUCAUCAAAUGCAUUAAAUGGUAAUAAUACAUUUUGCCAGUGUUUCAAGUUUUUAAAAGCAAUAAGGUAUUUGAUCAUUGCAUAUUUUUAUAUUUCCUCAUAAAUGACAUACAGAUGGAAAACCAAGAUUUUGUUUUUGUUUUUAAUAUAUAUUUCUGUAUCUGAACUUUAUAAUGGAAACCGUGUUGACUUAGCUUUACAGGAAGCUGUCAAAUGUAUAUAUUGGAUAGUCUUUGCUUCAAUCGUUACAAAAUUCAUUUUGGUUUGGUCUUGAAAAAUAAAUAUUUAAAUUAUGAA